CCUCAAAGUUUUCAGUUUCUUGUUGUAGCUGAAAGGCAACUUGUCGGCUCUGAGAUGAGUGCUGCAGAGCCUGCAGAGGCUAUUGUGGGCAUGCUCAGUACCACAGACAGUCUGCAGGAGGGCGAGAUGGGUAAAAAGCUCCAAGAAAAAAUUUUCAGAAUCGUCUCCCCCAUGUCUCCUGCUAGGCUUUACUGCUGCUAUGCAGUGAUCAUUGUCCUCACUGGAGCUGUGAUUGUACUUUCUGUUGCUCUGUCAUUGUCAGAAAGAAGCCAACAACAGGUCUCAAUCAAAAAAACGUGUGCUCCUUGCCCAAGAAACUGGAUUGGAGCUCAGAAUAAAUGUUUCUAUUUUUCUGAAGACACAAGUACUUGGACAUUAAGUCAGAAAUUCUGCCUGGAACAAAAGGCCCAGUUAGCUCGAUUUGACAACAUGGAGGAGCUGUAUUUCCUGAAAAGAUACAAAGGAACCUCUGACUACUGGAUUGGCCUGCACAGAGAGUCACCAGAGCACUCUUGGAGGUGGAUGGACAACACAGAAUAUAACAGCUCGGUUCCCAUUCGAGGAGUGGAAAAACAUGCCUACCUGAGCAGCAACAAGAUCAGCAGUGCCAGGAUCUAUGCAGAGAAGAGAUGGAUCUGUAGCAAGCCCAACAGCUAUAUCCUCCAAUGCCAAAUUCCUUGAGCUUCUUCCUAGUCUUUGUUAGGAAAUGUUUUGUAACCUGUAUCAACGGUGCUGCUCUAUCUGCUAUCUUCCAACACUGUUAUAAAAAAAAAAACUGAAUAUUUGUUGAUAUCACAACCGAAAAUCAUCUUGGAGAAUGGCACAUACAAGGGAUUAGAACAGCAGUGAUGCUUCUAAAAUGGGUGCUGGCACUCAUGACUUAAGCCUCAGUACAAUUAUUUAUUUUUUAUGCAUUUUUUAUUUUUUAUGUAAUUUAUUUAAUUUUCAUUUCAUUUUUCUGUAAUUUUAUGAUAUGAAGUUUUGCUGCAGACCAUCUUCCUUAUGAGAAUAUUGGACCACCAACAUGAGUUCUCCAAUGUGCACUUAGCCUUGCACUUUAACAAUGAAAAGCAGCAGGCAGUGGUGGUAGAGGCGGCAAGGCCCAUUAAUCCCAGGGGCUUUUACAGUUUCUUUUCUCACUUUAUGUUUCCAAGACAGAGUUUCUCUGUGUAGCUUUGGCUGUCCUGGAACUCACUCUGUAGACUAGGCUAUCUUGAACUCACAUUUAUCUGCUUGCCUCUGCCUCUCAAGCACUGGAAUCAAAGGAGUGUGCCACCACUGCUGGUCAUAAAUUUUAUUUUUAAUAAGGUCUUUCCACUUGACCUGAACCUGUGACGCUUUGCAAGCACCAGAGACCAUACAUUCUGCUGUUCAGUUUUAAACUGCAAAUACCUUUCAAAGACUUCAUUGUGUUUUUUGUUAUAUCUAUACUCUUAUUUAUUAAAAGAAUAAAGAAUACCUCAUUUUGGAAAA